AACUUACUUUCUAAUAUUUCGUUCUUCUUUUCUACCGCUUGUUGUUGUUCUAAAGUUUCUUUGGCAAAAGGCAUUCCAUUCGUGUCCCGAUUUGAAAUCAUUUUUUUUGGCGCAAUUGAGAGAUGUCGUCUCCUUAUGAGAAUAUUCAAUAUGUUGAAGAGCUCCUCACAAGUUUUCUGUUCAAUAGUGCAACUAGUUCAAAAAUAGAAUGGAAGGAAAUAGAAAGAUUACGAGAAGUAGUUGGAAUGACUUUUCAAAAUUUAAAUAUUAUGCUUCUUGACACCGUCCUACUUGAGUUAUUUGAGGAUGUUUUUCAGAAAAUCUGUGAUCCGUUGAUAAGUCAACUCAUAGAAAACUUAGAAAAUCCUUCAAGAAGAGGUGAAUUGCUAUUACACGUCAACGAAUCUUUUGAACAGCUUGUAGAGUUUCAUAAAAGUUGUAACGAGUUGCUGCUUUGGGUUGGAAGUGUUUUCUCCAACAAAGAAACUGCAGUGCUUGAGAAUAGCUUCGACACUUGGUUUUCCUGUAAACUGACAAGCAUUGUAACGCCACAUUUUGAAGAGUUUCUAAAGACUUUUGCAAAAGCUAGUUUCCAUAGGGUUGAUUGGAGCCAUUCCGAAUCGGAGACAGUGAAAUAUUCAUCGCAAGACUUUUUCACUCUUUGUGAUCAUUUAGAGUCUUUGGGUUUGUCAGUUUUAGUUUUGCAAGUUUUAUACGGGGUCAUAUUGAAUGAACUCGAGUCGUUAUUGAAAAUUCAUGCAGAAAAGAAUUUCAACAUUCGAGUAUUGCCAUUUCUUAGUAAUUGGUUAUAUAGUGAAGUUUUAAACUGGCUACGUUGGAUUCUUGGAGUCAGAACUGAGGCCAAUGUACCAGGCUCCCAGUUGUCUAAUCUUUCACCAUUGCCUUGCCAUCAAAGUCCUUUGUUGCUAGACAGAAUGUCGCCAACUUGCAAAAAUCAAAUCAUCGAAGACGGAGACACCAGAAGAUCCAAGGACCGAUAUUUAGCGAAAGAGAAGCUUUAUACUCAAUGGUAUCUACGUCUAGACCAUCUUAUCGCUCAAGAACUUGCAAGAUUAAGAAUUAGUGAAAUGUUUGAUAUCGUAGUUGAUUAUCCAGAUAGCUUGCCUGCAUUGGAAGAUCUCAAAGAAUGUUUACAAAAAACAGACCAGAAGCUUGAAUUGGCUAAAGCUUUCAAGUCACAACUCAACAAUCGCUUGUUACAUGCUGGAGCGACCACAUCAGACAUUCUGGCGACUUAUGUACAUGCCAUUCAUUCCCUUCGAAUUGUAGACCCCGAUGGCAAUGUUCUUUCAUAUAUAAGCAAACCAGUGAGGAAAUACCUUCAGAAUAGAUCGGAUACAAUACGAUGUAUCAUUUAUGGAAUAACUAACGAAUCAGAGGAUGAAGCCUUUCGGGAUUUGAUUUCCAUGUCACGAAAUAUGACAGAAGAUGACGAAGAAGCGAUAGAUUCCAAAUGGAAUCCACAACCUGCGGAUGCUCCUUAUGAUGAAUACGUUUCUGGAAUGAAUGAUGCCUUUGGAAUUUUAUUAAGUAUAUAUGGUUCAAAGGAAUCCUUCUUAAAUGAGUACAGAAUGGCAUUAGCUGAUAGAAUCCUUAAAAGCCUUGACCUUCAACUGGACAAAGAGACCCGAAAUGUCGAACUUCUCAAGCUACGUUUUGGAGAAGGCUCCUUGCACUCUUGUGACAUCAUGUUGCGGGAUCUAAGAGAGUCCAGGCGCCUCCUCACUAGUGCAAAACAUGAAAAAAUGUCUUGGAAAGACGAGGGUUUCGAAAUAGUAAUUCGCUCAAAAAUCGUAUGGCCCGAACUUGCAGAUGAAAGCUUCGUUCCUCCUCUUGAGAUUCGUUACGCUCUGGACUCAUUCCAGAAACACUUUGAAGAGAUAAAAACGCCUCGAAAACUUUUAUGGGAUCUGAGUUGUGGAGCUAUGAAACUAUCAUUGACUACAAAUAGUGGCCAAGUGAUUAGCGUUCGAGUGAGUCCACUGCAAGGUUGCGUGCUUAUGUUAUUUGGAAGACGAAGCAAAUGGAAUAUUCGACAAAUGUGUGACGAACUUUCUGUUAGCGCGGAUUUCCUAAAACGCAAGAUACGUCCAUUGGUCAAUCAAGGUCUUCUGCAGGAAUUGGACGGAGAAAUCUAUGAGUUUAUAGAAAGUCAAGAAAGAAACUUCGAUCAAGAGGAACUCAUCGUGGAGGAAGAAACUGUAGCUGAGGAAGAACGCAUUAGUGAACAAACAAGUUCUAGCAAUAUUUGGAUCUACGAAAGAUAUAUAUACGGAAUCUUGGAAAGUUUUCAGGCGCUACCUUUGGAACGAAUCCAUAAACUUCUCAAAGUAUUUGUCAUCAAUCCGCGUUAUGACAAAACUGAAUAUGAAUUGAAUGGACUUUUAACCAAUUUGGUCCAACAACAGAAGCUUCAAUGCACCAAUGGCCUAUUUAUGACUGAUCAGUUUUGUUUGGAACUUUUACAAAGUAAGAGUGAUUCGUUGUUGAAGCUUUCCGAGAGUUUUCGUCUUCGCAUAAUUACGUCUUCAGAAAGAACCAAGCUCACUUCAAAACAAAAAACUGAGGUUGUUUACCAACCUCAAGCUGGAGUCGUUUCUGAAUUUCUUCACGAAGACUUUUUUCAUAGGAAAGAUUUCCCCAACGCUGCAAGUUACUUUCAACCACAGAAGUAUUUUCGUAGUUUGGAAUCUAAGAGUCUAGGUCAUCUUUUGGCAUAUAGUCCUGAAGUUUCUUCUACCCAAGACGUAGCCCGUUCUCUUUUUGAAAGUUUGAAUUUGAAAAAUGUGGUAGUUGUAGCAGAAAGUCAAACCAAAGGAAGAGGUCGAAGAACCAAUCAGUGGCAAACGGAGUUUGGGUCUCUCGCGUUUUCAACAGUUUGUUCAUAUUCAUUGUACUCCACUAGGACUCCAUCUUCAGUGAAAGGCACUGUUCAGUUACAACCUUGGCGAAGUGUGUCCUUUAUUCAGUAUCUUGUUGCUCUUGCAAUAGUGGAAGUGGUCAAGGAUGAUGCGACUUGGAAAUGCUUACCUUUACGAAUCAAGUGGCCAAAUGACUUAUAUUUGGAUGACCAAAAAGUCGGUGGAGUUCUUUGUGAGGGAACAGUUUGGAAGGAUGAAUUAACUUUAAUUAUUGGAGUUGGUUUGAAUGUAAAUAAUUCCCAUCCUACAACAUGCCUAUCGACGUGGCUUCAACGACUUUUACCUAAGGAUACUUCUGCUAAGAUAGAUAGAGAAUGUCUUUUGGCACGAUUGAUGAGUCAUUUUGAGGAUAUGUAUGAUCGUUUUCUACAAGAUGGCUUUCAACAAUUUCUUCCGCGCUUCUUGAGUCAUUGGUUACACUCUGGACAACGAUUGCAACUUUUCUCCGCUAAACAAGAGAAAAUUUUGGGAUAUGCUUUUGGCGCUUGAUUCCUUUGGCUCCUGACUUGUCUAGUUUGGAUUGGCA